AUGCGAGUCAGUCUCUUUGUCGUUGUCGAAUCUAUUGGUACGAUGCUACUUUCCUUCGCACCAACGGUUCAAUGCCACGGGUACCUCUCGUUCCCAGCCGCCGUUUAUCGCGACCCGUAUUCGGCCACGUCGUUCGUGACGACAAUCUCUGAAAACAUCGACCUGAGUACUUUUGGUGGGAAAAAGUGGAAUGAUACUCCGGCACUUAACGCUGCAAUGUUCGCCUCAUCGUUCCGGAACUCAAGCUACUCGUCGCUGCGUGAGAUGAUCGAUCCUGUCGUACCUGGAUGCGGUAGCACACGCCUCGAUGUUGCUCCGGUUAAUGUCACCGGUGCAUCAGAGGCGCGUUGGCAGAACGACGAAGAGCACCGCGGCUUUGUCGACUCGCACCAUGGUCCGUGCGAAAUCUGGGUGGAUGAGCAUCGUGCGCUUCACAACGAUGACUGUCGAGCUGCUUUCACGUCGUAUCCAGCUCAUUUGCCUCUUGACUACGACGCAUUGUGUGAUGGCGAAUGUCGUCUCACGUUCUACUGGCUGGCACUUCACGAAGCAGCGUGGCAAGUUUACAAGGCCUGUGCUCCCAUCGUCAAUACCAACAAUGCUAAACUCGCGUAG